GUUUAUCAUCUAUGUCACUGUUUGGUGUUCACUACAGCAGUAAACACCUCGCUGCAGUAUGUCUGUUUACAUCUGCGCGUCCACAUUUACCCAUAAUACACCGGGAGACACGGAGGACGAGCUUCGUCAAGUUCGCGUCAUAUCAGUCAACAACAGGAAGUGUCUUUUUCUUUUCAAGAUAAGCGUAUUAAACCAAACUAAAAAUAAACAAUUUCUACCCCCCUGCAACAAACACAAAGUAACAAAAUGUAAUGUAUCCCCAAACGUUUUAAUUCGUUUAGGGAAGUACACAUUUUCCGAUCAAAUGUUUAACUCGUGCAAUGUAGGUCUUUUAUUAUGAACGCUACAGGCAGAGUUUCCUUUGUUGUUCUCCGUGACCUGACGCCCAGCGGACGUGCAUGGCGCAGCGAGAGUGACGAGGAGUAUCCGCUAAUCUUGGGAUAUUAAACCGUGGAUAUUUUUGGAAAUCAUGCAAAAACCCUGAAAUGAGAGUGUGAGAUGAUAUCACUUUCGAGCGUGCGGAUAACUAUCACUGCCCCAUUGAUGAACACGAGCAGGACGGCUCUAAGGAAUCGCUGCUGCUGCAUUCAUAAACAUUUCUUUAGGACUCACAACAACUGAGCUUUGGUUUGGGCUCAGACGACACCUCAGAGUCCGUUCGUGCACCUGAGGUGACAAUGACCGAAAAAGGUCAGAUGAGUUUAGAGCAACUCGGCGGAGUUGUCAGGAUCCGCGAGGAACAAGAGAAGGUGGUGAAAGACUGUGAAAGUCGGAUUCAGCACUGGAAGAAGGUGUCAGGUGACUAUGAAGCCCUGAAAGACCGCCUUCAAACGCUUCCAGAUCAGCUGUCUUAUGACAUCAUGGUGCCGUUCGGGCCCCUGGCCUUCAUGCCUGGGAAGCUGGUGCACACCAACGAAGUCACGGUCCUGCUCGGUGACAACUGGUUCACCAAGUGCUCUGCAAAGCAGGCCCAGAAGCUCAUCGACCACCGGAUGACACAUGUAAAGCGUGAACUUGACGCUGUGUCUCAAACCAUGAAAAACUUUGAAGCCAGAGUUGGGUUUGCAAAGGAUUUGGAAACCAUCUCAGCCAGUAAAGGGGACUAUGUUGACAUCAAAGAGGAAGUCGAAAACAGUUGCACUGCUGUCACUAAAGGAAGGCAAAGAAUCGCUCACAAACCAAACUCUAAGCCCAAGUCGGAUGUGCUGAUUGAUCUAAAAGAGGGAGAUGGAGACGAGGGCCGAGACGGAGAGAGCAGGAAAGGCGCCAUGACGGAGGAGGAGCUGUGGGCUCGAUUGGACGAACUCGAGAAACUGGAGGCGCUACAAGAUGAGCAGGACAGGUUAUCUGAUAAUGCAGACAUGAAUGGGGAGGACACGUCAUCCUCGUCUUCAGAAGAGGACAAGGAGACAGAGGCUGCACCUCCUGUAACUGGACUGAGCCUGAAGCCAAGCUGGAGCUCUGUGCCUCACAGCAAAGAAACAACACAUGGGGCGAGGAUAGUAGAGGAAGACGACGAGGAGGAGGAAGGCAGCUGUUUGCCCACCAUCUUUUUUUCUCAUACAGUUGAACCCAAGAAGGUGAGGAUCAACACGCGCAAAAACACCACGUUAAAGUUCAGCGAAAGGAAAGAGCAGAAGGAGCAGUCAAAGAAGAAGAAGCGCAACGGCCACGCCAACGGCCACGAGCUCCACAAAAUCACAACACCAGCAGACAUUUACAGGUUGUUCGUGGACGUGAGGAACGGCGAGCCCAUCCCCCGGAAGUCCAUCCUGAAGUCGCGGAGCCGCGAGAACAGCGUGUGCAGCGACACGAGCGAGAGCAGCGCCGCCGAGUUCGAGGAGCGGCGCGCCAUCGGCCGCGGCUUCAGCCACGACGAGGCCACGCACAGCGACACGAGCGACGGCGCCGCCGAGGAGGACGGCCCCGCGGCGGCGGCGCCGCCAACGCACGCCGCCGGCAGGUUCGAGGCCUUUUCAGGUACGGUCAUAGAAAAGGACCCGAUGCCGUUGACCGUCCCCCAUCUGACCAUCGCGCCGCCAGCUCUGCCAACCAUCCUGGAGAGGAGGCAGGAGGAGGUGACUCCGGACGUCUCCCCGCCACAGCCAGCUCCAAAGAGGGUGUCCAAGUUCAAAGCUGCCAGGCUGCAGCAGCAGUGACGGUUAACAAGUAACAAAGCGCAUUUCACGAUAUUUAGUUUUCUAAGCAUCCGUUUCUAUUCCACCACCAUGAACUGGAUCUGUUUGUCUCAUUUUAAUAUACAGGGUUACUGACGUAUAAUAUGACUGUGAAGUUAGGAAAAAAAAGUACUGUAGCAAUGUUAGCAAAUCGGCCUCGAGCGUAACACUGCUUUUACUCCAAAUUGUGCUAACGGUAGUUGGUCUCCUAAUGUCCUCCACAGUCUAAGUGCCGCCCGCCUUCGGUCGAGACGUCCGUCAACCUCGCCCAGCUCUCAGUCCGCUGCUGUUCUGUUGCCAAUUUAGCUGUUUCUAGGCCUCCGCCAUUCAUUUUCAGCUGCCUUGUUUUGUUGUGGCUCCUUUUUAGAAACAGGUCGCAUUUUGUUUUGUCUUAACCUGUAAAAUGAAUGUCUGUUUCUCUCUGUGACCAGCUUUAUAUAAAGACAAAAAAUAAAUGAUUUUGGCUAUAA